CCCAAAUAAAAUUCACUGAAAACAUAAAAAAUCCAACAAACAAAACUGGAGACAAAUGACGGAAAAUAAAAUUGAAAAUAAAUAAGAUUCAAGAAAGGAGAUGAGAUAGAUAUGAGAAAGAAAAGGGAAUUCUGAAGAAGUAGAUGAGUGGAAACCCUAGUCUAGAUUCCUCCUCUGUUGAAUGAGGUUGACGCAUUACGAAAUCAAGAAAAGGAGAAGUGAAGAAGAUGACGGUCAAAAAGAAGAAAAGUUGGACGAAGAAGAAAGGGAGGAGAUAGCACAUGCCAUCGACACCAGCUCGACAUUGGUGUUACAAGGUGCCGAGCAGAACUACCCACUAGCACAAAAAGCUGCUUUUGCCUUGGUUUCCACAGCUCGUAAGUUGAGAGCCUACUUCCAAUCACACCAGAUUGUUGUGUAUACUGAUUUCCCGCUAAGGAAAAUACUACAGAAGCCAGAGCUCUCUGGUCGGCUCAUCGGAUGGAGUGUCGAGCUGAGCGAAUAUGACCUUGAGUUUCAGCCGCGCACGACUAUAAAAGGCCAAGCUGUGGCAGACUUCCUAGUUGAAUGUGCCCCGACGGCUGUGAAAGAAAAGGCACCUGAACACCCACUUUGGGUUUUGUAUGUGGAUGGAGCUACUAAUGUCGAAGGAUCUGGUGCUGGAGCUGUAUUACUAAGCCCUGAUGGUUUCAGGUCUGAGCAUGCGCUGAGGUUUAAGUUUCAGACGACCAAUAAUGCUGCAGAAUAUGAGGCCCUCAUAUAUGGAUUGAAGCUGGCGGCCGAGCUGAAGGUACAAAGCAUUCAGGUCUUUAGCGACUCUCAGCUCGUCGUCCUCCAGGUGAAUGGCAGUUGCGACAUAAGGGAUCCUCAGCUCGGUCGCUAUGCUUCUGUGGUCAACAGAUUGAAGUCCAGGUUCGCUUCAUUUCAAAUUGACAAAAUACCGCGAGCAGAUAACCAGCGAGCUGACGAGCUGUCAAAGUUGGCUUCUUCGCAGGACAUUAACCCUCAAAGAUCGACAAUCGUCGAGGUGCUUGACGCACCAAGCUACACUGAUUUCACAGUCGAGUGCCAAUUAUUAAGUACAGACCCCUCUACACCGACCUGGACCACCCCGCUUAUGAAUUAUCUACAAAGUGGCGAGCUACCCCAAGACCAGUCCGCCGCAAAGGUGAUUAAACGCAGGGCGGCACAUUUCACUGUGUUAGAUAACCAGCUUUACAAGCGAGCAGCCUCAAUGCCCCUAUUACGCUGCCUUACUCCUUACGAGGCUGAAUACGCCGUGAGAGAAGUUCACGAGGGAGUAUGUGGCACGCACAUCGGUGGCAGAACUUUGGCUCGGAAAUUGCUGAGGCAUGGUUAUUACUGGCCCACUAUGGUCGAAGACGCGCAGGGCUAUGUCAAAAAGUGCCCGACCUGCCAAUUCAAUGCUGAUGAUAUCCACAUGCCAGGGGAAAUGCUAUCAUCUCUUACGUCUCCCUGGCCUUUUGCUCAAUGGGGCGUCGACCUGCUCGGUCCAUUCGUCAAAGGCAAAGGAGGCUGCAUUUUCCUGGUCGUUGCGGUGGAUUACUUCACCAAGUGGAUAGAGGCUAAACCAUUAUCCACGACAACAGAAAGGAAAAUCGAAGAAUUCUUGUUCAAUUCCAUAUUGUGCAGGUUCGGCAUACCUAAGCGAAUUAUCGCUGACAAUGGGCCACAGUUCCGAGCAGCAGCGCUGAGAUCAUUUUGUGACGACUAUGGCAUUGAGCUCGCAUUGACAUCCGUAUAUACUCCACAGUCCAACGGGCAAGCUGAGUCCGCCAAUAAAAUCGUCUUGCGAGGCCUCAAGACACGCGUUUUGGCUACGCAUUCUAAUUGGGUUGACGAGCUCAACAAAGUACUUUGGUCUUGUCGCACCACACCAAGCUCGGCCACGGGCGAAACCCCUUUCAGCCUGGCCUAUGGAGCUGAAGCCGUCAUCCCAGUAGAGGUUGGAUUGCCAUCCGAUCGAGCAGGCUGGCAUGACGAUCUCAACAAUGAGCAACUUUUGAGAGAAAACCUGGACUUCAUAGAAGAGGUCAGGGAAAUGUCCAGGAUAAGAAACGUGGCACAUCAAAAUCGCGUUGCAAAAUUUUAUAAUAAAAGGGUUCGAGCUCGCCAGUUUCAAGUUGGCGAUCUGGUUCUACGCAAGGCUGGGUUAACUAACACUCAUUCACACAUGGGUAAGCUCGCUCCUAAUUGGGAAGGUCCCUAUAUGGUGGUUCGGGUUAAGCGACCUGGCUCUUACGUGUUAGCAGAUAUACACGGGCAUCAGUUACCUUACCUUUGGAAUGUACAGAAUCUUAGGAAGUUUUACAGUUAAUGUGUAUUAUGUUGUUUCGCUUGAGUUACUAUCGAUCAGUUGUAAACAAACGAUAUACUGACAAUACAACACAAAUUCAAAGAAAAAUUCACUUUGUAUUUCAUCAAGGGCAUUUACAUUGAAGACGCGUGCUAUGAAUUCAUUGAUCAAAUACAAAAUGCAAAAACAA